AUGGCUUUAAGACUAGAUCAUAUCAAUAUGACCAAUAUUAUAAAUCAAAAGUUUGACAUUACUUUCAAAACCGCAUCAGAUUUAGAAAAAGCAUUAGGAAUAGCAACAUGGAAUGCACAGAAUAAAAUACGAAAUAAAAAAGUAAAUCUUGAAAAUUUAAGAUCUUUAAUUGAAUAUCAAGGUGGAUUUCCAUUAUCAAAGAAACUUACUACUGAAAACUUUUGA